GGAAUAAGGGAGAAGGGGGGGGAUUGUGGGAGGACAGAAAGAAGGAGGUGAUUGUUCGUUGAUAUAAAGAGGGGCAAUUUUGGGAGACAGAGAAGACAGAAGCUAAAGCGAAUCUCGAUACAACAACUCCUGAAUCAGCAGGUAAGUCUUUUAUAAUGAACGGAUUUCAGAGCAGAGUUUGGUUGGAAAAAGUCGAAACAAGGAGCACUUGUUAGUAUUCGUGGACACUUCUGUCUGUCUCCAGUUUAGCUCAGGCUUAUUGUUGCACAUUUUUGAAUGGGUUUUGGUUAUCCACAGAGCAGGUAUGUUUGUGUGGAUUCCUGCGGACAUGGCAAAGGCAUUUUUCCUGUAAGUGGAUCCUCCUGACCGAGCUGUGUAUGUUUUUGUGUGUGUUCUGGGUGUGUUACGGGCAUUUGGACCUGUUGAGCAACACUGCCUGGAAUGCUGAAUUAGUAUGAAGUAACUCCAAAUCUUAACAAGUGAGGAUUAUUCCCAGACGCUGUGUGAACGGAGGUGUAAAUCAUUGACACACAUGCCACAGAAUAAUCAAUUUGAGCUGAUAAAACGUCCACAUUUUCUGCAUGUGUACUCUCAAGUGGAAGAAUAAUGAGUUACUUAGUGAGAGAAAGCAGUUAUGAUACAGUUUUCUUUCUAUUUUGAGGCUGAAACCAAGCUUACUUUUAAACUACAUUUGCAGUCUUCCUCUGUGCAGGCGUGUAACCUCUAAAAGACACUGCAUCAGGGGAGAAAUAACUGCGUCCUCAUUCUCGCAGACAAAAAGUUCCUCUAAAUGUACACAUGGUAGGAAACUUAAGGGACCGAUAUUUUUCAGUCAUAUGCAAAAAUAACAGAUUUUUCAUUUUUACUGUCUCUGAUCUCCACAGAGCUUGAUGGCUCCCCACAGGGAUCUUCCUCUCCUUCCAGUGAUCGUAUGUCUGCUCUUCGUCAGAGAUUCCUCUUCCCUGCCCACAACAUCAUACGAGAAUCCUGUGAGGCCUCUGGCAACAGAUGAUUACGAUCAAGUCAGUGAUGUUACCACCAAGGUGCUCAAAACACUUGCCACUCCCACCAAAGGCACAUUUAAAAGAUGCGACUACAACCCUUGUCUGGAGGGUCAGGUCCCCUGUCUCAUCCUGUCAGCCAGUGGCUGCUCAUGCCCAGGGUCCACUCCGUAUAACGAGGUCCCAGAGCCCCCUGCGCUGAAAUCAGUAUCCUGGAACGGGUCAGAGGUUGUAGCCACAUGGUGUGCACCUUAUUCGUACGUCACAAAGUAUGUCGUGACAGUUGGGGGGAAAGAGAGGCUGAUAUCUGGAAAGGACAAGAGAAGCAGCGGACUGGGUGAUGUGGAUAAUGUGGCUCAGGUUUGUGUGAUGGCUGCCAAUGAUUCUGGACGCAGUAAGGAGUCCUGCAUGAUGUACCAACCCCAAGACAGUAGUUUGCCUCUCAAAGCAGGACUCAUAGGAGGAGCUCUGGGAUUCCUGCUUCUCCUUUUGCUGGCCGUGCUGCUCUGGAGACACAGGAGGCAGAGGAAACAAGAGGCCAGCAUCUCCAUGCACCGCACAGCAGAGACACAAUGAACAGAGUACAGAGUUGGACUGGAUGUGAAGUGAGAUAAGACUCUGUCCCUUGAGAGUGCUCAGACUCAUUGUAGUUCAUUAAGUGGGACUACAAAGUCUGAGGGUUUCUGAAAAUGCAGACUGAGACAGAGGCCAACAUGCCCCAGGAAUACAUGUCUGUAAGACUGUUUACUCGUGGCCUAGUUCUUGUUGGCUUUUCAAAACCCCCUCACUGGCGUUGAAAGGAAGUUCCCUUAAGAUUAAAAAAGCAGCUGUAAGACAUUAUUUUAUUAUUUAUAUGUUAUGUGUCAUGAAAAUUAAACCCUAAGGACAAGCGAUAAGCAAACAAGAAUGUUGCGUGAAAUAAAAUUUGAGCUUUUAGCAUUUCAAACGUGACUCUGAUGAUAGUUGUUGGAAUAUCAGGUGUAGGGAUAUAAGAGGACAAUCCUGCAUGCUGUCUCUGCCUGUAGCUGGUGUACUGAACAGUUACCUCUUGUAAUGUAGCUAAACUUGAACGCAGGGAUGUGUCAUCAACGGAGGUGGCCAAGGGGGCAUGCCCCCCCUAGUGCCACCCAAAAAAUCCUAAACUAUCAUGUUGCUUUUUGCUUCUUCAGAGGAAAGACUUAAAAACCAACCUGUCUGGUGUUUAUAAGACAGGCAAGUGUGUGUGUGUGUGUGUGUGUGUGUGUGUGUGUGUGUGUGUGUGUGUGUGUGUGUGUGUGUGUGUGUGUGUGUGUGUGUGUGUGUGCGAGGUGACUUUAGGGGUACCCUCUAAACUUGUAUUCAACAAAAGUAUAUUUAAAAUAUUUGUGAUGUUUUUUUUUUCUUCACCUUAAUAUAAAUGGAAAUAUGAGCUCAGCUAUGUUGUGUACCUGCGUGUGACAAGAUGCUGUUUCUGUUUUUUGUGAACUGUGUACUAAAGCACCCUGAAUACAGAGCAUUCCUUCCAAUUGUUGUGUCAAUGUAAAUACUUUAUCAUAUCACACCUGCUUCCUCCCUUGCAUGAACUGCUUUUGCAACACUUGUUGAACUUAGUCAUUUCCUUUCUUUUACUAAGGACUGUGGUUUCUUGCUGCGGUCUGCCUUGACCAUCUUCUCACAUCUUUGUCCUCAUACUGAGUCACAGAUGAUGUGAUGUGGUGUUGCAUUGUCACAGCCCGGCAGAUGAGUACAACCUCUGUGGAAAAUCUCUCAAAAGUUUAUGGAAGAAUUAUGCUGCUGUUAGGAAGUCGAAAGCAGAACUCUAUUGAACUGGAAUCCACUAAUGUGUCGAUAUGGAUGUGAUUCAUGAGGACAGAAAGGGUAAAAAAGUAGGGAUAAAUUCUAGUGAGUGGCUGGUUUUGUAAAACAGAAUCUGGACAGGGUUAGACAAGAUCCCGAAGUGAGGCAGUUAUUCUUUCUGUGGAAUGAUUUAGCUAUUUUAGCUUUAGCUUUUCAGACUUUAUCGCUGUAACUCUGGGGUUUUAACCAAUCAGAACCAAGUAUGUAACACAACACAGUGAUUCGUUUGAAAGCCAGGUAAUAAAGGACGAAUUCAGUACAUGCUAUUUAUUUGAAUGUGCACACGUUUCGUGCCGCCCCUGCAUAAGCCACUGCCUAAGUCAGUAAAGGUCUGGACACACCCCUGCUUGGACCACUGUCAAAAUCCUCAAGAGACCAUCCAAUCAAUUCCAUAGAAAUUACUUCUAAAGGCAUGAUCAUCUUUAAUUCCAAGUAACCCUUAUUAUUGGGUCAGUGCCCUCAUACGGCGAUAAUGUCACGUUUUAUAUUUCUGGGGAGCAGGACGCUUUCAUGGGGAGUUUUCAGGUCAUUGUGAAUCAGAGUUUAACGAUUAGUGAUGCUUCUAUAGCGGCUUUAAAAUCGGUAAACAAGACCAUAGAUGGAUACUUUAUUGAUUCCUCAGGGGAAAUAUCAUAAAAAUACAAGAAACAACAUGAUACAGACACAGCUACAGAAUAGGCAAAAGGUCAUCUCAGGCUAUCUGGACAUCAGUUCAUGACGGGAAAACCUAUUAAUGACAGAUUCACAGAGACUGAUGUUUCUGACUGUUUAAGGACACCAGGAUGAGAUUUUCCUUUCUUAUCAUUAUUAUUAUGGGAUUUGUCUUGUGUAUAAUCAGGGCAGGAUCCGCAAAGAGAAAAAAAGUACUGCCUUGUCCAUAAGAAAAGCUUUAAGCAGCACAUUUUCUUGUAGCCAUGAUGCAUCUCUUAACUGUUCAGAUAAACAUAAAAAAAACAAUAGCAUAAAAUUUACAGACACCUGUUCUCUCAACUGGAAUUACACACACAAACGUAACCACUUUAUUUGACAUGGUAUUUUUAUGGUCUGUCAGCAGGUCACACAUCCAAACAUACUGCACAGAGUAUAAAAGCUGUAUUUGUAUUUGUAUGAAACUGUCUGUAAGAGUGACUGGAUUGAUGUGUUUUUAAGGCCUUUGUGAGCUCUGUUUAUGAAUCUUUGCUUCACUGCCUUAGAUUAAGUGGUUUCUAAGAUUUUGGAGAAAUAAAUCGAAGUCUGGCGAACACAAAA